CGCUGAGCGCGGGCGAGCGGAAGCGCAGGCGGCGGCUGCGGGAUGGAGCCCGCGGCCGCGCCCCGGCCCGACAUGGCGCCGGAGCUGACCCCGGAGGAGGAGCAGGCGACCAAGCAGUUUCUUGAAGAGAUUAACAAGUGGACAGUUCAGUACAAUGUCUCCCCGCUCUCGUGGAACGUGGCUGUCAAGUUCCUCAUGGCCAGGAAGUUCGAUGUGCUCCGUGCCGUGGAGCUGUUCCACUGCUACAGAGAAACACGAAGGAAAGAAGGCAUCGUGAAGCUGAAACCUCACGAGGAGCCUCUCCGUUCUGAAAUCCUGAGCGGGAAGUUCACCAUCUUGGAUGUCCGGGACCCGACGGGAGCCUCCAUUGCCCUGUUCACUGCCAGGCUGCAUCACCCCCACAAGUCGGUCCAGCACGUGGUACUUCAGGCUCUGUUCUAUCUGCUGGACAGAGCUGUGGAUAGCUUUGAAACGCAGAGGAACGGGCUGGUGUUUAUCUAUGACAUGUGUGGCUCCAAUUACGCCAACUUUGAGCUGGAUCUUGGCAAGAAAGUCCUAAACCUGCUGAAGGGAGCGUUUCCUGCCCGCCUGAAGAAGGUGCUGAUCGUGGGGGCGCCCAUGUGGUUCCGGGUGCCCUACUCCGUGGUCAGCCUUCUCCUGAAGGACAAAGUCCGGGAGCGGAUACAAAUACUAAAGACAUCUGAAGUCACCCAGCACCUACCCAGGGAGUGCCUUCCGGAAAACCUGGGUGGGCACGUCAAAAUUGACCUCGCCACUUGGAAUUUCCAGUUCCUGCCCCAGGUGAACGGCCACCCAGAUCCCUUCGACGAGAUCAUCCUGUUCUCCCUCCCUCCCGCCUUAGACUGGGACUCGGUGCACGUUCCAGGUCCUCAUGCCAUGACCAUCCAGGAACUGGUAGACUAUGUCAACGCCAGGCAGAAGCAGGGCAUCUACGAGGAGUACGAAGACAUCCGCCGGGAGAACCCUGUCGGCACUUUCCACUGUUCCAUGUCUCCAGGAAACCUAGAGAAGAAUCGCUAUGGGGAUGUGCCCUGUCUGGACCAAACUAGAGUGAAGCUGACGAAACGCAGCGGCCACACGCAGACAGAUUACAUCAAUGCCAGUUUCAUGGAUGGCUACAAGCAGAAGAAUGCUUACAUCGGUACACAAGGUCCUCUGGAGAAUACAUACCGUGACUUCUGGCUCAUGGUGUGGGAGCAGAAAGUCCUGGUGAUCGUCAUGACCACGCGCUUUGAAGAAGGCGGCAGGAGAAAGUGCGGCCAGUACUGGCCUCUAGAAAAAGACUCGCGGGUGCGAUUCGGCUUCCUCACGGUGACCAACCUCGGCGUGGAGAACAUGAGUCAUUAUAAGAAAACAACGCUCGAGAUUCAUAACACAGAGGAGCGGCAGAAACGCCAGGUGACCCACUUCCAGUUCCUGAGCUGGCCAGAUUAUGGUGUCCCCUCCUCGGCAGCUUCCCUCAUUGACUUCUUGAGAGUGGUCAGAAGCCAGCAGAGCCUGGCCGUCAGCAGCCUGGGCGCGCGUGCCCGAGGGCAGUGCCCUGAGCCGCCCAUUGUGGUCCACUGCAGCGCGGGCAUCGGCAGGACAGGCACCUUCUGCUCCCUGGACAUCUGCCUGGCGCAGCUGGAGGAGCUGGGCACGCUCAACGUGUUCCAGACGGUGUCACGCAUGAGGACCCAGCGGGCCUUCAGCAUCCAGACCCCCGAGCAGUACUACUUCUGCUACAAGGCCAUCCUGGAGUUUGCGGAGAAGGAGGGCAUGGUGCCCUCCGGCCACAACCUACUGCCGUUGGAGGGUCAGUAACUGCCCACGGGCUCCCCUGGCCGGCCAGCCUUCUGUACACUACCCUGGACAUCGUCGCGUCUGUCGGCUGCGUCGGCUCCGCCGAAGCCAUGGAUCCACCUCUUUCUCGUGUCUCCCGGCGCCCGUGUGCACGCAAGGCGGCCUUUCCCUUUGGCUAGAUAAGCGUGGUGAGAUGGCCACUCGCGAGGGCCAGCAGCAACGUGUUCUUACUUCCUAGCACCUGCUAUCGAACUGUGCCUUACUAAAACCCCGUUGUGGCUGUCGAUUUCUGCCAGGGGCCCCCGAGGUACGUGGGAAGGAGCCUCCCCCGCUCCCGCUCCCGCCCGUUGCUGGGAUUUCACGGCUGGAUGGGCAGUUGCCUUCCCCCGAGAGCGUGACCAAGUUACAUGUCCUAGAGGUCAUCGUGAGUGCCAAGCACGUGUACACGCAGGGCGCGUAUUCCAGUCUUCUGUCUUCUGUGUGCGUGCGUGCGCGUGUAAGUGCACUUCUGUGUAUGGGUCCAUGUGUACGUGUGUAUAUACUAUAUAUUGUAUGUGAUACUAUGGGCAUAUUCUAUAAAUACAUAUACACACAGAUA